AUGUCCGCCCCUAACGACAACGAGCAUGAGAUGACCUUCGACUCCGCCGAUGCCGGCGCGUCUCUCACCUUCCCUAUGCAGUGCUCUGCUCUGCGUAAGAACGGUUUCGUCGUCAUCAAGGGCCGCCCUUGCAAGAUUAUCGACAUGUCCACCUCCAAGACUGGAAAGCACGGUCACGCCAAGGUUCAUCUUGUCGCUACCGACAUCUUCACUGGCAAGAAGUACGAGGAUCUCUCCCCCUCUACUCACAACAUGGACGUCCCCAACGUCAGCCGCCGAGAGUACCAGCUGCUCGACAUCUCCGACGAUGGUUUCCUCUCCCUCAUGACCGACGACGGUGACACCAAGGACGAUGUUCCUCUGCCCGACAACGAGAUUGGCCAGAAGAUCACCAAGCUCUUCAAGGAGGAGGAGAAGGACACCAACGUCAUUGUCCUCACCUCUAUGGGCGAGGAGUGCGCUAUGGAGGCCAAGGAGGCUCCCAACCAGGGCUAA